AUGGCUCAAGCCCCUCCACCCCUCGGACGAAAAUCUUCGGCGCCAUGGGACAGGUUGCGCCCAGUGAAGCAGGAUCCUUUGGAGGCAAUGGGGCUGCUCGACCUCAAAACUCAAGAGAGCUACUAUAACAAGAUUGUUGCUCGCUACAUGCAAUUCUGCACGCGGCAUUCGAAGGAUCUUGACAAUGCUUUUGCAUCUUUAUCUCUCGACGAGGGCCAGUCGCCGGCCUUGGACCCAUCGAAGAAAUCCACCGGGAAGCAGACAAAUGCACAACCUGGCCCAACUGCACAACGAGACUCUAUUGUCACUACAAACAGUCAAGUAAGCAAUGUCGCGUCGCCAUCGCAAGCGGCCGAGCUGUCAAUCAUUCUCCUAGCAUUGCGAAAGCUACGUGAGGGCCUACUCGCCAGCUCUACUUCUGCACCAAAUCCAGUCUUCUCUCAACGAGUUCAUGUGUUCAACAUCCGAGUCGCCAUCCUCGCGCUACACCCAGAAGGCUACCAUGCUUCGUUGAUGCACCUCUUGUCUGUCCUCCACACGCCCGAGCACCCUCUGCCACGCUCCGAGUUGGUGGAGAUGACGGGCUACUUGAUCCUUGACACAGCGAUCCGGCAACAUGAUCUUGGUCAGGCGUAUGCCUUGAGGUACAAAAGCCGUGUCCGCUUUGGAUUCAAAAAUCGGAUCGUCGACAAUUUAUUGAAAUCAGUUGCCACGGGAGACUGGGUCACAUUCUGGCGCGUUCGACAGAAGGUUGAUGGCUACGUGCGAGCGAUCCUUCAUUGGCACCUCGAAACACAGCGCAGGAUGGUCCUCAAAGCCAUCGGCCGAGCCUACUAUGCCUGUGACGUCAAUUGGAUCAUCCAGAGCGCCACAGGUGGUCAACUGAGCUGGGAGGAACUGGCGAAGCUAGAAGAUAUUGGCUGGACGCGAGAAGGUGAUAGGAUCGUGAUCCGAAAGCCCAAAGCCAAGGCCAGCUGA